AUGCCCCAAUCAACGGAGAUGGCAACCUCCGCUGUUUCUAUAUUCAAGGAUGGCACGAUCGAUUUCAAAUGUCGCUAUGUACGCACAGAGAAGUAUAUUGCUGAGCGAACUGCCAGACGCGCCCUGUUUGGCAGAUAUAGAAACAAAUUCACCGACGACCCUCGCGUUCGGAAUGUGAUCAGCAGGACCACUUCAAAUACCCACGUCAUCUAUCAUGCCGGCAAGAUAAUGACGCUCAAAGAGGACGGUCCUCCUUAUGAGAUCGAUGCCUCUACUCUAGAGACCAUCGGAUUUGUCGACUAUAAUGGCACAUUCAAAGCCCCAACACACACGGCUCACCCUAAGGCAGACUCGGAGACCGGUGAGCUAGUUGUCUACAGCUACGAGGCCGAGGGCGACGCGACCCCUGAUAUCUGUUCGUUUACCGUCGACGAGAAUGGAUCGAUCACCGAAGAGGUCUGGUUUCAGGCCCCUUGGGCUUGUAUGAUCCAUGAUUUCUGGAUGACGAGAAACUGGGUCAUUUUCCCCAUCAAUGGCUUGAAAGCAAGCCUCGAACUAAUGAAAAGUGGGGGUGAGCACUUCUACUGGGAUGAGAACCUGGAUUACCAGUUACUGGGUGUUAUUCCGCGACGCGGUGCAAAGCCUGAGGACGCAAAAUGGUUCAAGACGCCCCGUGGUUGUUACUCACAUACCAUUAAUGGCUUUGAGGAUGAAAAGGGCAACAUUGUACUCGAUGCCAACGUGUGGACGGAUCUCCAUUUCCCUUUCUUCCCAAAUACCAAGGGUCAGAAGUAUUCGACAGACCGCACAAAGACUCGGGCUCCAAUUCUUCGGUAUCGUUUCGAUCCCCACGUGAGCACCGAGGAGAUGAUCCAUCCCGAAAGAGUUGUCCUCGACGGAGUCUACGAAUUCGGUCGCAUUGAUGACCGGCUUCUCGGGAAGCCGUACUCACGUGUCUGGACCCUACGCGUUGACCCAUCGAAAUUUGCAAGCAUUGAGGCCGCUGAGCAAGGCUUUAACACGCUCUUAUUACACAACUUCGACACUGGAGAGACUCAAAAAUACUACCACGGUGAUGAUAUCACCUUCCAGGAACCGGUCUUUGUGCCGAGGUAUGAGGGUGCUCCUCCAGACGACGGCUACAUCCUGGUAGUUGCCGAUCUCUUCCGGGAGAACCUCACGAACUUGUUGCUUUUUGAGGCACUUGACAUCAAGUCUGGUCCCAUUGCAGAAAUCAAACUUCCAUUGAAAUUACUUGAUGGGUUGCAUGGUAGCUGGGUCGAUGGCGAGGACGUUGAAAAGGCUUCGAAGGCUCCGUUCAGGGAUGCCUGGAGUAGGAAAUAA